AUGUUGAUCAGUGGCACAUAUAUUUUACCAUCAUCUCUAGCAGAAAAUGAAGAAUCAUUAACUACAAUUAAUCCAACAAUCAAUGUUCAUAAAAAGUCUCCAAAUAUAUUUAGUACAUGUCGUGAAAAAGUCAUAGUUCCUAGAUUAUCAAACGUCUCGAAUAUAUCUAAAUAUUCACCACAAAAAACAAUAUCACAUAAUGGGCAUGAUUCCACAGAAAUAAAGCUUAAUGGUAGUGUAAAAGCAUUUGCUAAAACAACAACUGACAAUAUUUUGAAUAUUAGUUCGGAAGAUAAUGAUGAAAAAUUGAAAUAUUAUAAAUUUUGUAAAAAUUUAAUAUUUACUUUUGAACCUAUAUUCAGUGGUUUCAUCCUACUUCCAAUUAUAGCCUUAUUUUGGCAAACAGGAUGGAAUUUAACAUUAAUUACGUUGAAGUUUUCCAGUUCAUUUAAUAUGACUUUGCAUGUCAUACCAGAAAUAGUUGGCAAAGUGAAUGAAACAACAACAACAAACCAGCCCUAUUGGUAUUUGUCGUUAAUAAUACCUUAUUUUAUAUCACAAUUUAUUCUAUUAGUCAUUUAUCUUUCACAAAAUUUAGUCUACAACUGUAUAAAGUUCAAAUAUAGUCCGCAUAGUGUAUGUUACUAUUUAUUUUUAAAAAUUCAUAUUUUUAUACUUGGAACAAUUUAUAUUGUUCAAUGGACAACAUUAUGGACUCUAUGGGAUCAAUAUAUACUGAAUGAUUAUUAUUUUAAAUUACUACUUAGUUUAGCUGCUAUAUUUGUAUUAAUCGUUUUAAAUGGAAAUUUAUGUAAUUUAGUUUGUGCACCAUUAGUAAUUAGUUAUGACUCCGUCGAUUUUUCUAUACAAAUUGAAUGUCCACUUUCAACAGAAAAGAUGAAUCAAUAUGCUAUUAACAUAAUCAAUUAUAUUUUAUAUGAAUAUUGUGUUUCCAUAUUAACAAUAUUAUCAUGGGCAGGUUUCUAUUACUAUCUCGACGUAUGUUUAUAUCCAGACAAUAUUAAUCUAUCAGCAUCUUUAUUACAAACAUCAUCAUCGAUUAAUGGUCCAUCAUCAAGCAUGCCCGAUUAUUUAAAUUUAUUUCCAUUGUAUCCUAAUUAUUAUUUGACAUUUUUUCUAAUGGAUCAAUCUAUGUUAGCACAGAGUAAACAAAUAUUAAAAAACUAG